CUGAACAGCAUCAGUGCACGCUGCCUGACCUCGACGCCGGCGCCGACGAGGACGCGCGCGCACAAGCUAGCAGCGUGCCGGCGACGAGGCCGUCAGCCAUGGGCACGUUCCUUGGCCACUUCGUCCCAGGCCUCGCCUUCGCCAUCCUCGGCUUGUGGCACGCGCUGAACACCGUCAGGGCGUACAAGCUCAAGGGCGCCUCCGGCUUCCGCGCCGCCGCGUGGUUCCCCUUCCCGUCGCCGGUGCCCGGCCUGAAGCACCUGGAGCUCUACCUCCUCCUCUCCUUCUCCGUGCUCGCCAUCGUCGACCAGCUCGUCGACUUCCCACUGCUCUCGUUCACUAUCCAGCCGGACGCCCUCGAGCACGCCACCAUGUACCUCCACCUCGCCGUGUACGCGUCCGUGGCGCUCGCCGCCGACGGUGUCGCUGCGUCGUCCUCCCACCACGGCGGCGCGCAGGCGCAGCUCGGGGAAGUGGUGGCCGCGCUCGCCGCGUCGGUGUUCGGCCAGGAGCUGUUCCUGCUCAGGUUCCACUCCGCCGACCACGCGGGGCUCGAGGGGCACUACCACUGGCUGCUCCAGCUCGUGGUCACCGCUUCGCUGGUCUCCACCUCCGCCACCGUCGUCCUCCCGAGGAGCUUCGCCGUCGCGGUGGUCCGGUCGGCGUCGGUGCUGUUCCAGGGCCUGUGGUUCAUCGUCAUGGGCUUCGCGCUGUGGGUCCCUGCCCUCGUGCCGAGGGGUUGCCACGGCGCGGAGGCCGGCGGCGGCGCCAUGCGGAGCGCGGUGGCGUGCCCGACGGACGAGGCGGCGCGGAGGGCGGUGGUGAUGGCGAACCUGCAGUUCAGCUGGGUGCUCGCCGGCGUGUGGGCCGUGACGGCGUACCUGUGCCUCAGGGUGGGUGGAUCCCGGAGCAUGGAGUACAGGCAGAUUCAGGCGCCUAGCGGCGGCGACGUCGGUGCCCUCGCCGGCGACGGGGACGCGACGCAGUCGCAGAAACGCGUGUUCCCCGUGUCAGACAACGUGUAGAAAGGGAGGAGAUGUCGCGUGGCGGCAGCAAACACUUUGUUUGCACUGGUGGAUGGCAGAAAACUGGGCCGAGGUUUUGUUGGGCCUCCAGAUUCAGUGCCAUUUGUCACUUGGGCCUUUUGUAAUGUACUCUGCAAUAAAUUUGGGUGUAUGGCCAUUUUUAUC